CACGCUUCACCACCGCAAUAUGCCCGUCAGGUGAACGCCCCGGAGACGGUCGUGCCAAUUCCGCUCUUGCGCUCUGACGGCAGCGGUCCGCGAGCAUUUACGUCUCUUUUCUCUUCGUUCCUCUCCUUCUGCUCGUUUCAGCGUUGAUACCCUGUACUACCUCACCCCGUCAUGGAUUCCAGUCACCGCCCUUUGUCAGCUUCUCAGCAUUCUCUUCCCGAUGACUCGCGCCCCGCCGAGGGCGAAGCCUCACAGGCCGGCCCCUCGCGCCUGAAGCCUGGAGCUCAGUUGACCCUGAUGCGAUAUCUGCAGGACCUCCCCGAUGCGGAAGUUCCGCCUACUGAUCCGGUGCCUCCCCGCUAUCACACUGGACGCUUGCCCAAUAGCAAGGCCGGCGAUGGCAAGCCGCGGCUGCUGCUCAUGGGCCAGAGAAGGUGCGCGAGCCUGCCGUGUGGAAGCUUGGUUGGCUGACUGAGCGCUGCAGGAGUGGCAAGUCGUCAAUAUCAAGCGUCGUUUUCCACAAGCUGCCGCCCAGCGAGACACUGUACCUGGAGACG